AUGGCUGAAAAUAAAAAGGAACCGACUGCCUCGGAGGCCAUGUUUUUCUUCGCCAUUGUGAAACACACAAGGAAUAAGGCAGACAUUGACUGGGCCGCUGUCGCUGUCGAGCAGGGUUUCAAAAACGCCGAGGUUGCCAAGGUUCGCUUUGGUCAGGUCAAGCGCAAGCUUGGGAUUUCAUCAACCACGAUACCCGAAUCGCCUACUUCCGCGACCAAAGUAACUCCGAAAAAAGGCCGGGUCGUCAACGGGCCAGGUGCAUCUUCUGCUGCCUUUUCUGUCAUCUCUGGUACUUCCAGCAAGGUGACCAAGAACACAGGCCACACUCGAGCCAAGAAGCGCGGCCGGGUCAUCAAGAAAGUCAAGGAAGAAAACAGCGGGGAUGAAGAUGAGGCUACUGUCGACAUGGACGAAGACAUCUACAUCAAGCCCUCUCUCCUUGGCUCGGCCGAGCAAUUUGAAGAAGACAUGAAGUCGAUGAUCAACGAGGAUGAUCCUUUCUGA